CGCAAUUGGAUUUUAAUGGGCGGGUAUCUAACUGCGAACCCAGCCAAAAGAUACUCUCUUGCCAACUUCUUGUUGCGCUUGAAGACGGCCACGUUUGGCCUCUGGAUUAUCAUCUUCUUCUUCUUCCUCCUCCCUUCCUCUCUUCCUCAACCGCCAAUCCCAACGGCUGAAGGGACACAGCCAAUGGCCGCUGCCGCCACUAUUCCUCUGCUGCAGUUCGUCCCUGCCAAAACCUUACAGGCCAAGCUCCACUCCAACAGGCUCCGACCCAUCAAACAGAGAGGAAGGUUUGGGUUGUCUACGAUUACAUGCUCCUCUUCUAAUGGCAGAGAGCCUGAUUCUGUCGACAUCGGUGUGAAGAGCGUGGAGCGGUUGCUGGAAGAGAAGCGGCGCGCCGAGCUUUCUGCUGGGAUUGCCUCAGGAGAAUUCACUGUGGAGAAAUCUGGUUUUCCAUCUCAAUUGAAGAGCGGUUUGUCAAAGGUUGGUGUUCCUACGGCGAUACUAGAUUUCUUGUUCAGCUGGGCUGAUGCACCUGAAGACUAUCCAAAAAUUCCAGAGGCAAAAGGAGCGAUCAGUGCCAUUCGAAGUGAGGCCUUUUUCAUCCCACUAUUUGAGCUUUACCUCACAUAUGGUGGAAUUUACAGGCUGAAAUUUGGACCAAAGUCCUUUUUGAUAGUUUCUGAUCCGGCGAUUGCCAAACAUAUAUUAAGGGAGAAUUCAAAGGCUUAUUCAAAGGGAAUCUUGGCUGAAAUUCUAGAAUUUGUCAUGGGGACUGGUCUCAUUCCAGCAGACGGUGAAAUAUGGCGCAGACGGCGACGUGCUAUAGUUCCUGCAUUGCAUCAGAAGUAUGUAACAGCUAUGAUUAAUCUCUUCGGAGAAGCUACAGACAGGCUUUGCCAAAAGCUAGAUGCUGCUGCAUCUGAUGGGGAAGAUGUAGAGAUGGAGUCACUUUUCUCCCAUUUGACACUGGAUAUCAUUGGCAAGGCACUUUUUAAUUAUGAUUUUGAUUCAUUAACAAAUGACACUGGGAUCGUCGAGGCUGUGUACACUGUUCUGAGAGAAUCAGAAGAUCGUAGUGUUUCACCAAUACCAGUAUGGGAGAUCCCAAUAUGGAAAGACAUUUCACCACGACAAAGAAAAGUCUCAACAGCCCUCAAAUUAAUUAAUACUGCACUGGAUGAUUUGAUAGCAAUUUGCAAGAGAAUGGUAGACGAAGAAGAGCUACAGUUUCAUGAGGAGUACAUGAAUGAACAAGAUCCAAGUAUUCUCCAUUUCCUUUUGGCAUCUGGCGAUGAUGUUUCUAGCAAGCAACUCCGUGAUGACUUGAUGACAAUGCUAAUAGCUGGACAUGAAACAUCAGCUGCAGUCUUAACAUGGACGUUUUAUCUUCUUUCCAAGGAACCUAGGGUCAUGGCCAAGCUCCAAGAGGAGGUUGAUUCCGUUCUAGGCGAUAGAUUUCCAACCAUUGAAGACAUGAAGAAACUCAAGUAUGCAACUCGAGUGAUUAACGAAUCCUUGAGGCUUUACCCACAACCACCUGUGCUAAUUCGUCGUUCUCUUGAGGAUGACAAGCUUGGAGACUUCCCUAUUAAAAGGAAUGAGGAUAUUUUCAUUUGUAUUUGGAAUCUGCAUCGCAGUCCAAAACAAUGGGAUGAUGCAGAUAAGUUUUACCCUGAAAGAUGGCCAUUAGAUGGACCCAAUCCAAAUGAGACGAACCAAAAUUUUCGUUACUUGCCCUUUGGUGGAGGACCACGGAAAUGCGUAGGUGACAUGUUUGCCACAUUCGAGACUGUUGUAGCUCUUUCGAUGCUUGUUCGAAGAUUUAACUUUCAAAUGGCACUAGGCGCUCCCGAGGUCAAGAUGACAACGGGAGCCACCAUUCACACGACGGAAGGGUUGAAGAUGACAGUCACUAGGAGGAUAAAACCUCCGAUCGUUCCCACAUUGGAGAUGCCUUCAUUUGAAGUGGAUACGCCCGUCGGUGUCCCAAAAGGGGAUUCUGUAGUUGGUCAGAAAGGUGAGGUUUCUUCUGCUCAUCCUUGAUUAUUUUACGUUCCGAUGUGUUUGAUGUGCUUCGGUUAAAUCUUAUGCUCGACGAUGUGAGGUCUGUAGAUAAUGCUAUAAAUUGAGAGGGCGGCGCUAGUUAAUAAGAUGCAAGUGCAUACCCGCGGUCCUGCCACAGAAAAGGGUUGCAAAACUUAGAAGAAAAUGUGUUUGUAUAGUUCAUUUGAAGCAUAUUUAACUCAUCAAUAUAGUUCUUAAUCAGCAUUGUUGGUAGAGUCCCCGCGACGAGUCAUCGCGCUCUGUAAAUCUGUCAAUCUACUUUGUUUCUCGUAUGAAUGAGGAUCAUUUGCUCGGAAUUCUCAACGAA